AUGAGUGACAGCGAGAAGAAAGAGGAGAAGCAAGCGGAGCAGGAAGAGAAGAAAGAAGAAAAGGAAGAGGAGGAGGAAUCUGAAGGAUCCGGAUCAGAAGAUAGCGACUCAGAAGAGGGAUCCGGAGGAGACGGCAAAGGCAAAGGCAGAGGAAAAGGAAAAGGCAAAGGCAAAAACAAGGAUAAAGGAAAAGGAAAAGAGAAGAGUAAAGGAAGAGGAAAGAAAGAGUGA